AUGGCAAAUCUCGUUCUGAACCCGGCCGGGGAGGCCAGGGCGCGCACACAGUAUCGCUGCUUCGAGUACCUGAGGCUCCUUGUGGCUGCGGCGGGGCACGCUUUCGACGCGUACGGACUCGGAGACAGCAACCGAGACCGCUACCUCGGCGACUGUAUCCAGUGCACAGACAUCUUGGAGCUCGUCGUCUGCGCUGCAGGGUGCGCAGCAGCCGGGCCACCCAGCGCGCCCCUGGAUGCCGAUUCUCCCAAGAUGGACUUACACCUGCCAGAGGCCAUGGGAGCUAGCGAAGCGGUCCUCCCAGCAGCGGACCCGGCAGAGGCCCACCGUCGCUACCAGAACUACUGCACUGAGAUGAACAGGGUGCAUCCGGAUCCGCUGCACCCCGCGCCCGAACUGGCGACCACGGAGACAUACUUCAAGCUCGUCGAUCACCUUUUCUCCUCCUUGGUCUAUGUGGAGAAGCUCAUGGGCACCCCGAAGAUCGACUGGAACGCAGACCACUUCACCCUGGACUACAAGCCCUGUCCAGACGAGGUCAAGCUGGUCAUCAACCUUGACGCAGAGGCCAUUAGCGCCAUGGACAACAAUAAGGAUCUUCAAAGCAAGCCAAACUGGUGCGCAAACAAGGUAUGGUACGUCAUGAUUUUGAGCUUCUUCCUUGGUACAUCACUGAGUCUAUUAUCUCUCACCGUUCCAUUCUACUUGACAAAUUUAGGAGCCAAUGCAUCUCAAACGGCCAACGCACAGGCAUUUUUCAACCUUGGGCAACUGUUCUUCUGUCCACUCUGGCUCUGGCUAUCGGAGAUAAUUGGCCGCAAGCCAGUUUAUAUAGUUCUCUUUGCAGGGUACAUACUUACUUUUGGAUUAACUACACUCACACCGAUUAUUUUUAAAGCAACAACUAAUAUUUCCAUCAAUUCCCAAGAACAGAUCAACUAUAUCCUUGGAAUACGCUUCGCCACAGGUAUUUUCGCGUAUGCUGUCCCCAUUAGCUUUGUUACUGUCGCUGAUCUCGCUAGCCCCCGUGCGCGUCCAAUGGCUCUGAUUGCAGUCAAUAUUGUGACACAAAUUGGUACUGGGAUAGCUUCUGUGGUGGUUGCUUUUGCCUUCACCACCGGGACCUACGCAAAUGAUACUGUGAAAUCGUUCCUUCAUACGUUCUAUCUUGCAAUUGCUCUGUUAGUGGCCGGCCUCGUUUUCUCCUGCUUCUUCAAGGAGUCUUCUGCAGGCGUUAUAGCCCGCAAAGCUGCCAAGAAGAUGGGCAAAACGGACUCCCAGGCAUAUAAGGCCAACGUAAGGCGGGAUAGCUUCUGUGUGACAUUCAAAGAUAUUCUGAAGAACAAAGAGCUAAUUCUGCUCUGGUUUGCAUAUGUCUUCCAGAUCUUCUGUACUCAGCUUCCUGUUGCCACCCAGAGUUUUCUAAUUGCGAAGUUCUACGGGUUUACAAAUGCACAACAAUCCAAGCAACUAAAUGCCCUAUCGAACAUUGUCGUUGUAAUCAUCGCUGUGUGCUUUACGUUUGGCUUGACUCGUCUCAUAGCCAACAAGAUUGGAGAGCUCCGCGUCAUCGUCAUUUCUAUCUACUUUGCAAUGCUUCCUUCUUUGCUACGUUGGGCAAUAGAUCCACCCAUUCCCAAGUGGAUAAUGUUCCUCCCCUUCAACACAAUUGCGCUUAGUCUUGGAGAUGCCCUCUUCAUCCAGUUUGCAACGCUGUAUACGACACCGAAGAACCGCGGGACGCUUCUCGGGCUCUUCCAGAUCGGAAAUAGCAUCGGGAGGUUUGGAGGGGCGCUCAUAGGUGGUGAGCUCUACAACUGGAACUGGCGCAAUGGGUCGAUCUUCUUCUUGCUCUAUGGCUUUACGUCGCUCCUCCUUCUGUGCUUUGUGAAGCCACCCCUUGAGCAGAACACUGCUGCCCAGAUAGAGCAGAAGCAGCGUGAACAGAUAAAGAGUCGAGCAGCUGUUUGA